GAAGGGACUCCCAAGUGAUUUUUUCGCCACUGAGAGUCACAAUCGGGCCCCUCAGUCUUUACUGGAGCGCUAUCCAAAACCCCAAACAAAACCUGCACUUGCUCGUUCCUUCUCACUCAGAUCGAAAUUCUUUCAUUUUUAAGUUUCCGGGCCAAACUGGAAGGUGGGCCCGGGCAGAACUGAUUCCCCAACCAUCGUCAACGUCAUCCAGGAGGAGGAGGAGGAGGUAGACGACGACCACAACAACCAACAAAAAAAAUACAAACCGCAACCUGCAGCACAAACCACCCCCUUCAACAUCCACAAACCCUAAUUCCUCUCUCAAAACGGAUUUAUAUGCAUAUAUUUAUUGUUUGAAAAAUGUCUACAGAUGACGCGACUGAAAAAGCGAGGGAGAAUGGGAACGGCGUCGAAUUGCCGUCAACGCAAAGGCUGAUACCGUUCGAGAACAAGGAGCACAACCCGGAGAGCUACGAGGACAUGCAAUUGGAUUACAGUCCUCUCCUCUUUAGCUCUCUAGAGCGGUACUUGCCACCUAACAUGCUCAAUUUGCCGCGUGAUCGUAAAGUCCACUUCCUGAGUGACAUUCUGACUCGCUACUCUCCUCAGGGUGAACACACUCGCGUUCAAAAGCAUCGAAAGUACAGACAGCAGAUUCUAUCAAACUAUGAGCCUAGACAUAAGGAGCUGUAUACUAUGAAUGCUGCGAAUUUCUUUGUUCCGUCAUUUCUCAAAGCAAUCAGUGAGAACUCAGAAGAGAGUUUCAGACGCAUAAUGGUGGAGCCUACACCAGGAGUUUAUACAUUUGAAAUAUUUCAGCCAAAGUUCUGUGAAAUGUUGAUGGCUGAGGUAGAAAGCAUGGAAAGAUGGGUGCAUGAUCAAAGGUUCCAUAUAAUUUGUCCGAACACUAUGAACAAAUAUGGUGUUGUUCUUGAUGACUUUGGACUGGAAACCAUGCUUAACAAGUUGAUGGAUGGCUAUAUAUGUCCCAUGUCUAGAGUUUUCUUUCCUGAGGUGGGUGGAUUAACUCUGGAUUCUCACCAUGGUUUUGUUGUUGAAUACGGAGUGAAUAGGGAUAUCGAGCUUGGUUUCCAUGUUGAUGAUUCUGAAAUUACCUUGAAUGUUUGCUUGGGUGAGCAAUUUUAUGGUGGAGAUUUGUUCUUUCGUGGUGUUCGAUGCGAUAAACAUGUGAAUACAGAAACCCAAUCAGAGGUAUCUUAAUUUUCAGGAUCAGAGUGCUGCAGAUUAACUCGAGGCAGUGCCUUUUCUUUUGUCUAUAUUAUGCUGGCCUGACAUGUAGUGGUAUUUCAUUCAAGUUUUCAGUUUCCUUACGAAGUUUUCUUAAAAUUAUCACUUAUUAUUGCUCAAUUAGAA